AUGGCCCGCUGGAUUUGCGGCAUCAAACCUGACGACGGAGUCCACACUGACAUGCUGUAUGGAAAACUAGGGAUACCAGAAGUCACUGCAUCACUGAGAGCCAGACGCCUGAGGUGGUAUGGGCAUGUCGAGUGUGCCACCUCUUGCAUCAAUUCAAUCUCAAAGAUGGCCAUUCCUGGUGCUAGAGGUAGAGGGAGACCAAGAAAAUCGUGGUCUGACUGUAUUAAGGAUGACCUGCACACCUGUGGCAUGGGUGACACUGACCCACAGAACAGAGGAGCGUGGAAAUCAGGGGUUAGACGCUCUAGCCGCCUGCUGCCUACCCCAACUACUGGGACUAAUCCCGCAGCAGAUGACAAAUAA